AAUGCGAGGGGUCAGGAGCCUUAAGCACUGAACGUAAUGACAAUUAACAGCUCAUACACUGCAUGUCUCUCGUUACAGCCAUUCUUCAAAAGAUUUGGGAUUACGUCUGGCUGCUAACCUAUAUAUCUUAUCAAGUACUCUUCAUCGUUUUCCCGACCAAAGCGUUGAUCGAGGUGGACCUCCCUAUAGCUUGCAGCGUGGCCUUAACCAUGGAGCAACUGCGCCAGUUGAUGAAGAUUCACGCCUUCGUUAGAAGCGUGGGAGCCAAAUUCGUGUCGUAUAAACCGCAUACCGAAACUCCAAGACCGAGCAGUCCAAGUUUCUCGCAUUACUUAUAUUUUCUGUUCGCGCCGACUCUGGUAUACCGCGACAGUUACCCCAGGACGAAAGAGAUCAGGUGGAAAGUAGUAUUGCGCAAUUUCGUUGAACUCGGCAUGGUGAUCUUCUACCUGGCCUUUAUCAUGGAACGUUUCAUGAUUCCGACCUUCCACAUUUUCGGCACACAAUCCUUAGACUGGAGGUGGUACCUGAAGAGUAUCCUCGGCACGACGGUACCCGGCAUACUGAUAUUUACUUCCGGAUUCUAUGGCUUGCUGCACGUCUGGAUGAAUGCCUGGGCGGAAAUGCUGCGAUUCGCCGAUCGCUUGUUUUACAAAGACUGGUGGAAUUGCACAUCUUAUCGUACGUACUAUCGCACUUGGAACGUCGUGGUGCAUGAUUGGCUCUACACGUACGUCUACAAGGACAUGUACGAGAUUGUAUCGCCGCGCAACAAAGCACUGGCGACCUACACCGUUUUCUUCAUCUCGUCAAUCUUCCACGAGUAUUUAUUAGCGUUCACAUUUCGCUUCUUUUACCCCGUGAUGCUGUUCAUGUUCGGCGGCAUCGGCUAUAUGAUGGUGUUUGUCGGACGUUCCGCGGGCAACAUCUUUAUGUGGACGAGCCUCUGUAUAGGCAGCGGCAUCAUGACCAGCAUGUAUGCGAUAGAAUACUACGCCAGGAUAAACUGUCAACCUUACGACAACGAGUACCUGGAUAUGAUCCUACCGCGCAGCUGGUCGUGUCAGCCGUGGUCCACCGCGUAAAACGCACCGGAACAGAAUGCACGCACACACACACACAUAUAUAUAUAUAUAU